AGAAAGAGAGGGUAGAAAGGGAAGAACCAUCGACAGAUGGACUCUGUUGUGAUUAAAGAUGGCGGCAGCCUUUACUGCAGACUACGAAGGACUAUACUCGAUCCAUAGAAAAGCGGUGGGAGUAGUCUGCGAUUCAACACAACAAAACCAGGAACCACACAGUAAGGUAAACCAGCAGAAACAAAUGGAUGGCAAAGACAAACUACUAUGGCGACAUUCUGCUUUGGCCGGGCCUUCUCGUGUCGUGGUGAUGAGAGAGAUGUUCCCAUUACUGCAGCCCGAUGUGUUUAACAAUGGUGCAAUGGAAUCCUCAGUGAAUGGAUGUACUGCUGGAGGAUGUGUGAAGAAGACGAUCGAACUCAAGGAGUUUUUUUGCAGUGGCAUAAGUAGAGGUCUGGAUCUAAUAGUUGUGCAGUGUGGGCUCUACGGGGACGUGGUUUAUGGAUGCUGGGACUAUGAGCAUAAGCGACAAAAGGGACUACUUAGCAGACCUGGGCAGCAGCUUCACUGAGGAUGCUCCUAGACCUCCAGUUCCAGGGGAAGAAGGCGAGCUGGUUUGCAGUGAUGGACGCCAGUACGGCAGCCUUGGCUUCUCUGCGAAGAACGAGAGCCUCAAAUGCGAGGCGUCCGUGGCGACGCCCAGGCGACCUGACUUGGACCUGGGCUACGAGCCGGAGGGAAGCGCUUCCCCUACGCCGCCUUACUUAAAGUGGGCCGAAUCUCUUCACUCUCUCUUGGAUGACCAAGAUGGCAUCCAUCUGUUUAGGACGUUCCUCAAGCAGGAGGAGUGUGCGGAUAUGUUGGACUUCUGGUUUGCAUGCAGUGGCUUCCGCAAACUCGAAGCUAAUGAGGGUAACGAGGAGAAGAAGGUCAAACUGGCGAAAGCCAUCUAUAAGAAAUACAUCCUGGACAACAAUGGGAUUGUUUCCCGACAGAUUAAACCAGCCACUAAGUCCUUCAUCAAAGACUGCGUCAUGAAGCUUCACAUUGAUCCUGCAAUGUUCGACCAGGCUCAGACUGAGAUACAGACGAUGAUGGAGGAAAACACAUAUCCCUUAUUUCUUAAAUCUGACAUAUAUUUGGAAUAUACGCGGACAGGAGGAGAGAGUCCCAAGCUGUACAGCGAUCAGAGCUCUGUUUCUGGGAAUGGAAAAGGGCUAUCGGGUUAUUUACCGACUCUAAACGAAGAUGAGGAGUGGAGAUGUGACCAGGAGCCAGAGGAGCAACCCGAGUGUGACCCCGCGCCGAGCAACCGGCUCACUCAGAAGCUCCUAAUGGAGACGGCACCACAGCGUGUUGCCAACAGCGCGAGAUUCCAGGACAGUCACGAGUACAGACGUGCACCAUGUCGGGAGCCCAUCAACCCGUACUAUGUCAACACUGGUUAUGCUCUGGCUCCUGCCACCAGCGCCAACGAUAGUGAGCAGCAGAGUAUGUCCAGCGACGCAGAAACAAUUUCCCUCACUGACAGCAGUGUAGAUGGGGUUCCACCCUACAGAUACCGCAAACAGCAUCGCCGGGAGAUGCACGAAAGUGCCAAAGCGAAUGGGCGAGUGCCACUACCUCAUAUUCCACGCACAAACCGGAUUCCAAAGGAUAUCCAUGUGGAGCCGGAAAGGUUUGCUGCAGAGCUGAUCAGCAGACUGGAGGGAGUGCUGAGGGAGAGGGAGGCUCAGGAGAAGCUAGAGGAACGGCUGAAGAGAGUACGAUUGGAAGAGGAAGGUGAUGAAGUGGUGUCCACAGCCACAGCAUUAUCCAGUCACAGGUUCCCCCCUGGUGCUUACUCUCAGAAUUACAGCUCCCGCUAUGCUGACAACACCUACAGUGGUCCUUUCCUGAGAGAUGCUCACGAGGAGAACCCUGAGAGCAUCCUUGAUGACCACGUCCAACGGGUCAUGAAGACUCCCGGCUGCCAGUCCCCAGGCACGGGCCGUCACUCUCCCAAGUCACGCUCACCAGACGGCUUCCCAGGGGGCAAAUGGACAGGACUCGGAGUGGCACAGGGUAAACAUCCAUCCAGGCACGGUGUCAAGGGAGACGCCAGCCACCUGUACCACCACAAACACGUGCACCACAUCCACCACGCGGGCGUCGGGAAGCCCAAAGAGCAGGUGGAGGCUGAGGCGGCCAUGCGUGUGCACGGCAGCAUUCCCUGGAGCAUGGAGACGAGUCAUUAUGGAUCAAAGUGUCGCAGCUAUGCAGAUGGCAUGGGAUCCAACCCCGUGGAGCACACAGGGUAUAGCAGCAAAGGUGGCACACAGUGUAAAAGAGCAUUCAAGAAAGGCGAGGAAGUUCGGCCGUAUGACAUGCCAGCACCUGCAGAGGAGAUGGAGAAAAACCAGAAGAUCCUUUUGUGGCUGAUGGAAGGACAGAAAGAAAUGGUUCAACACAAACGGAGCCCAUAUGGGAGUACCACUGGGUCCAAGAGGACCACAGGCCACGAGCCCCAACUGCGAAACAACGUGCAGCCGUCUCACCCUUUUAUCCAGGAUCCCACCAUGCCACCAAACCCAGCUCCCAGCCCCCUCAUCCAACUGGAGGAGGUGCGCCGGCGGCUUGAGGAGGAGAAGAUAAAGUCUGGAACUGUACAACCCAAGCAAAGGUAUGUGAUGGAGGUGAUCCAGAGGGGUCGCACCGCAGUCAGACCUGCACUGUUCCCUUCGCUCAGCGUGGUGCCCGCCGUCUCUGACAGCGAGCUCUCCCAGCCCGAACACAAAGCCACUAAAAAGCAGCCAUGUGAAAACAUUACGGUGGCGUACUACUUCUGUGAGGAGCUGAUACCGUACAGGACGUCUGUCAAAGGGAGAGUCGUCACACUGGGCCAGUUUAAAGAACUGCUGACAAAGAAAGGGAAUUACAGGUAUUAUUUCAAGAAGGUAAGCGACGAGUUUGACUGUGGGGUGGUGUUUGAAGAGAUACGAGAAGAUGACGCUAUCUUGCCCAUCUUUGAGGAGAAGAUUAUCGGGAAAGUUGAGAAAAUUGAUUGAAUGUCACGUUGAAGAGGAAGGAGUCAGAAAGGCAGCGCGUGAUGGAGUGAGGAGCAAUCGGAUGGUGAAGAGGAAGUGUUCUAGGACUGAGACUGGAGAAGAAAGUGAUACAGUACAAGUGGAUCUAGAGCUGAGGGGUAAAGCAGUGGUCAUGGCGGACGACUUGUGACGUUUGAGGCUUGGUAGCACCACUGCAGUGACAUUGGACUAGAAAAAAAAAGACCUCAUUCGCUUCUUUGGAGUGUAAUGUAGCAUUGUAAAGUUUACUAGAUAAAUGAAGAACAAAAGUGCUACUAAAGCUACAUAUUUUUGAUAUGAUGUAUCAGAGGGUGUCCUUUCUAAAGUAACUACACUUGUAAUUUUUAUAUGUAUUGGUACCAGAUGUGUACAGUUUGUGUUAAAAGAUAACAAAAUUUUAUAUCUAUUUAAGUAUUUAAGAUGCUCAUUUUCAAUUCUAUUGAAACAGGAGUGUCGCCCCUGUUGAAGACGAUCAAAAUCCUUUUUAGGGCUGAUUUUUCUUUUUUGUUUUUUCUUAUUAAUUUCAAGAGCCCUCUGGACUCUUAAUGUUUCUGCUCUUAGUGCUUUUAAUAUUUCACUUACAAGUACUUUAUUUUGUGGCAUUCAGUCAGGCUGCACUUUCAUUGUAUUAUAAACCACUGACUUUGUCCCAGUGUAGGCUGCAACAUGAAUUCGUAAAGCACCAAACGUGGUGGCCAGAAAAAUGGAAACCCCUGUGCAGUCUACGGUAAUCCAGUACAACAGCCCAGAUUGUACUUUUAAGAAAAGUAUAAUGAUUUUUGACACUGUAGGAGAGGAUUUAUGGUCAUUUUUUGGGCUCAAACUUCAUGGUGGUGGAAACAGUUUGAAGUAGAAUACAAUUCAGUACAUCAUCACAAACUCAGCCUUAAACAUGCUCUAAUUUGCAAUAGCUGUGACCAGUAGUUAGGCAGCUGUCCUUUGGCUCAUGACAAUCUUUCCUUAAGUUUGUGAAUCUCAAAGAAAGUAAUGCACUAUUUAUGAUAGGCCCCUCCCACUGCACGCCUUCUUUUAGCCAAUUGGUGUGAACACCAGCCACACUCUCACUGGUGUUACCAACUUGGCGACUUUCCCGCCAGAUUUAGCAAACACCGGAGUGUAAGGGCCAUGGCUGUCAUCAUCCAGAUGUUUUUUUGAGGAUUUUUCUAUUGAAUCUAAUUUAGCGAAGUUUUAAUGCUUCAGUUAUCCCAUAUGCAAAUCACUGCCUGAUGACAUCACCAAUAUGCAAAUACGCAUAUGAUGCAUCUGGUGACCUUUAGCAACUUUUGGAGCUAGUGGCAGACACUUUAAUUUGAAAAAGACUUGAACACACUUGACCUCCCUGCCAAAUUUUAGCCUCUUAAGGUAAAAACUGUGCCUGCAAAGGGUGGGUAAAUGUUUGAUUACUGAACAACCGACUAGCAGAGCGAGUUCUAGAGCUGCUGGUCAGGCAAAAAAUGACCAUAGCGUGAAGUCCAUUCUUUACUCACACUCUCUCAAACAUAAACUAAAGAUCACACAUGAUAUUCAUUGUAGGGCUGCUUUACUGGGUUGCUUUACUGCAUAUUAUACAGGUUGUUUUAUCUUUCUGGUUAUCUUGUAUACACUGGAUGUGAAUGUAGCCACUGGCUGUGUUCAUGUACAGUGUUUUAUUACAGUGAUUUUACCCAAGCCAGUUGAACUUUUAAGAAAAUUGACUUAAAGAAUAAAACAGUAGAUGCAAUAAUGUUUAGAAAAUAGGUGUGAUUGGAAAGUGCAAGGUGAACAUCUAUGCAAGUUGGGUCCCCUAAUCUAAAAACAGCUUUGAGCAUUUAAAUUUAUUAACUAAAUACAAAAGUUGUUCAAAACAGUUAAGAACAAUCAGUCUAUUAAUAAAAGCCUGUUGUUUUUUUUGUUGUUUUUUAAUUUAGGUGUUUAGAUGAUAUUUGGCUGAUAUUUCAGUUGGGUCGCAGCCAAUAAUCUUCUCUAAAGGUUUUCCAAUUCUGGUGAUUAAUCCUGAUUGCGGGUGAGUAAUUUGACCUUUUUUGUUUGUUUUUUUUAAAUCGUCAGUGCCAAUGAAAAUUUGCAAAACACUUAGUCUUGCCAGUUUUCUUCAACAUUUCCAGUUAACACUGAAUGACGCAGUUUUGGGUUCAGUUUCUAAAGUCAAGUUCUGCCUUCAGCUUUGAAGGUUAAUGUUGUUUAUGAAGCAGACGCUUUCCCACAUGUGGACCUGCACACUCAAGGUCACGCUCGCAGUGCGGAGAGGCUCCUUGAAGCGGUUCAACAGAGAUCAUAUCACAGCAUUUUGAAUGAGAAGGCCAGUGAAUGUCAUCAGAAUACUAUCAAACAUGUAUAUGUUUGUGCAAUGAAGAUCACAUAAAGGCAUAUUUAAACAUACUGCAAGUGCUACUAUUAAGAGGAGGGCUAACAGACACUGAAACGUUUAUGUUUACAUCUUUUUUUUUUCCCCCUGACUUCGAGGUCCGUACAUGUUAGUUUCUCUGAUCCCCCCCAAGACUUAUUGUCUUACUUUUAAUCAAUGCUUAGUUGAUCGAUCACUUAAGAAGGGGCCUUCUCUAGCUUGUCACAGCGACAUCUUGUGCCUGGCAGGAAUGAAUUUAGUGCACAUGAUCUACUUUUGAUAGAUCACGUUACACCAAAGAGAAAAUUAAAAAGGUAGAUGGUUGGUAAUGUAGGCACGCUCUUAAAUUACCCUUUCACAUUGAUACUGUAUUACCCUUCAUUUUGUGGCAGCACUUUUUAUUCGGUGUCCUUGUUAUUAAUUUGUUUAUAUAUAAACACUGAAGCUCAGAAUGUUCUUCGCAAUGGACGUGGUGUUCUCUGAUUGCAGUUUCUAAUGCAUGUUGUUAAGAACAUCAGCUCUGAAAGCAUCAUGUGAAACACUUGCAGAACAUUUAGACCUUAUUAUUAUUGCACACUGAAAAAAAAUAUGUAUCAGCCAGUUUUGUUGUCUCCUCUAUUUGCCAGUGUGGAUGAAACUUUUGCACUGGAAUAGCACAAACUGAAAUCAAACUAAGAAUCAUGUUGGGGAAGCAACAUGACAUUCAAGGCCAAUGUGAUUUUUUUUUUUUCAUUGUGCUGGAGUCCAUAGUGAGGAACGUACUCUAAUAAAUGCCUUUAUUUGUUAUGGAAUAGGCAGAAGGAUAAGUUGACCAUGAGGCCAGAGUGCUGUAUCAUAUCUGUUGUUGCAUAGAGAAUAUCUCAUUUUUUUGAGAUGCUGCCUUUUUUUUUUAGAUUUCUAACUUAAAUCAGUUUAUAUAUUCAUAUAUAUAUUCACUGCAUUUGCCUCCAGUGUCUGUUAAAUUAUACAUGUUUGAGCGCUUGAUCAAGUGAAAUACUGUAAGUAUUAGCUUGAUUUUCAUUGUUUAUUUCUUUUGAAAUAUACAGUAGAGUAUCAAAUCUGUCCUGAUUCUUGAAACCCCCAAAAGUAAGUUUCCCUUAUUUAAGAUCAAUGAAAUGUAUAUAAUAAACAUCAGAGUGCCUUUAUUGCUAUGCUAAUGAUGUCUGCUGUGUGACUUUCAGACAGAUGUGGGGAGACAGAAAUACCAGGGAUUUGCUAUAUAUAUAUUUGUUUGUUUUUUGUCUGUUUAGACUUUUUUUUCUUGUUUAUUGUUUGUCACUAUUCCACCUUUUCUAUGUAAAUAUGUACAACUUAAAUUUGUCAUCAACCAGCAGCCCAGUCCGCACAUUCAGAACCCUGGACCUGUUUCUGUUCACUAACUAGCAUGGUUACCGUUUAAAGGUACCUGGACAAUAAAUACAUGCAAUAAA